AGUAUAUAAAAACAUUUAAUUAGCGAAGAUUUUAAACAGUGCGAAUUUCGUAAGCCACAAGCAUCAACAUAAACUACGCAAACCCCUCUGGAAUUUUCAAUAAUGAAACAAAUUAUGAUUAUUUGCUUUGCCUUGCUGGGUGCAGCUAUGGCGUAUCCUGCCGGCUACGGGGCCAGUGAUGACGUGUUUGGUCCUGCAGGUCAGGGGCCAUCUGUUGGCCAGCAAAGUUAUUACGGCAGUGCCUUUAACCGUCCCAAAGGACAAAAAGGUGUCAGUCAAGUACCUCAAAGCAGCCUCCUUGGACAGGGUAGUUUAGUUGGUGUUGAUGUUGCUAGCGUCUUCGGCAGUCCUUAUGAUCAAAACACUUGGCCUCAAAGCUCUUUCGCCAGCCAAAACGCCUUUGGUGUUCCAGUCGGUCAAAAUGUCUUCGGUGAACAACAGGAUGAUUUCACUGUUCCUCAAGGCGUUCUUGUCGGACAACAGGGUCCCUUAGCUGCUCAGCAGGGCGUUUUUGGUAAACAUGGCUUACAACAGGCAAGUCUCGUUGCACAACAACAAGCCGCUUACGCCAGACAACAAGCAUCUCAAGGUGGUUACCCCGUACAACACGUUCCUUUCGUUGGACAACAAGUGCCAUUCACUGGACAACAAGGACCUUUCGCUGGACAACAAGCAGCUUACGCGGCACAACAAGCAGUUUACGCUGGACAACAAGGACCUUUCGCGGGACAACAAGGUAGCUAUGUUGAUCAGCAAGUUCCCUUCGCUGGACAACAAGUACCCUUCGUUGGACAACAGGGCGUUUACGCUGGACAACAAGUCCCCUUCGUUGGACAACAAGUUCCCUUCGUUGGACAACAAGUCCCAUUCGCUGGACAACAAGUACCCUUCGUUGGACAACAGGGCGUUUACGCUGGACAACAACAAGUUCCCUUCACUGCACAGCAACAAGGCCCUUUUGCUGAACAACAAGGUACUUUCGGUACACAGCAGGGCCGUCCUUUCGGACAACAAGGAUUUGGCAAACAAUUUGGUCUAGCUCAAAGUCACGCCCAUAAACACGGACAUGGACACGGACAUGGUCAAGUUGACCAAGGUGGCUACGGCAAGCACGGUUAUUAGAUCAAAUAACAAUUUGUAGCUAAUUUUUUUUUAUAAUAUGCGAUGCUAAUAAAUUCAUUCGAAAUUAAAUAAAUAUCUAAUUACGUAAA